AUGAUCGGUGCAAUAGAUAACAUUAUAGAGAUGAAGUGCCCUGGCUGCCAACACACCAUUUUGGAGGAGAAGGCGAAAUUCUGCAGUAACUGUGGUAAUAAGUUACAAACUCAAGCUGCUGUGGCACAAGAUUCUGCUGCCACUGACAACACCACAGAGAACUAUGACAACUUCACAAAACGCCUGAGUGAUGACACCCAUCAAAAGAAAAAGAGGAAAAAAAGAAAAAAACGAAAGAAAAAGGUUGAAGAUAGGUCUACAGAUCCUAGUCCAUCAGAUUUGUCACUUGUUCCAACUGACGACAACAAAGAUACCAAACUCACCCCCACAACGUUUUCAUCUUUGGACGACCAUUCUACAGAGACCACAAUUUCAGGCUCAAGUGUGGACCCACCAACAAACCCAGAAAACAAAGCCCUGAAACCCCAAAAGCCAAUUGGGACCACAACUAUUGCACCAGAUAACAGACUCACAAUACAUUUCCAUGCUGUUCUAUCAAAGGACUUUAAAUUCAUUCCUGAUGAGGAUCACCUUUACAUCCGUGCUGGAAAAUGUCUCGGAACUUUUGAGGAAAAUCUGGCUGAGCUCCGUGUUAUUAAAGAUCUUGGAGACCAUGGUUUCCUUGUUGGAGGCACUUUGACUGUCCCAAAAUCUGAAGUAUGCUCUGGGUCUAUACCAUACAAGUAUUUUGUUUUUACAAACAAAAAACAAAAGUAUGAGUAUGAACACAUCUACAAACUGGAUUCCCAACCUCCAAACAGAUGGUUGGUUGUGAAAGCACAACUCCUCAGUGAAGAUGGGGACUGGUAUCAAUACGAUGACAUCAUUUAUGCUCGACCCUCCAAAAACAUGCUAAAACGUCUCAAAAAUGCAUUCUGGCCUGAAAAUCGGAAUAAACUACUUCAAAGCAGAGAAAUUGCUGGAAAAAUAAUGUUGGAAAUGAUAUUUGAUCUCAAAACCCGGUCUGAUGAGGAUCUAAGACAUUUUCACUCCCAGUUGCAACAGUUUUUUCAUGUGUUUGAGGAACGAGAAAAGGCACACUUUGGACAGCACUCUUUGGGUUAUGGUCCUGAUCAUGUCAAGAAUAUGCUCAAGGAAAUUAUGCUAAACAAUGCAGUGCCACAGUUACAAAAAGAUGUGAGAAAAGACCCUUUGAAGUCAGCUGUCGUUAUGGUCUAUGUGCAUAAAGAGUUUGGUAUUACACUGAAAAAUGAGGAACGCUGUCAACUCUGUCAUCUAUUGUGUCUCCCUAAUUCAAACAAGGAAGACUUUGUUCAAUAUUGGACCACCUUUUCUCAAGAAAUCUGCUUUUUAAAAAGGCUUCCAGAUUUGUUGCUCUCACUCAUAAAUGCAGUGAAAACUGAGGAAAAGCCCGAUUGGUUUCUAGUUCUACCACUGUUUCACCUUCUGAAAGGAUGGACUAAACCAUUUGAAAAUACCUUGUCAGGAAACUUGACGUUACAAUCAUGGACUGGUUUGGAUGGCGUUGUUGGUUGCAAGAACCUGAGCAGCCAAGAAAGAAAAGCUAUACAACAUAUUUUGUGGAAGAACAGUCAUCUGUUAGAGGUGGACCCACUUUUGGUGAGGUCCUUUUUAUACCUCAUGUCUCUUGAUGAAAUGUUGGAGUGCAUCAACUUUGUGAAACCUGAGCUACUGCUUCUGCUUCAACUUUACGUUGACAAAAUUCCACAAGUCAUCAAUUCCACUCAUUUUUGGGCUAUGAUAACUUACAUUACACACAAUCUUAUUGAGGAAAAGUUCAGUCUUUUUUCUGAGGACUAUGGAAGAGAUUGUAUGAAGACCGUGAUAACUCUGCUGAAUCAGAUUUGCAGCGCAGUCACUCCAACACCAUAUGGCCCAAACUUAUCGGACAUUGUUAUUGCUUGCAUGAAGCUGGUGGCUUCAAUCUCAGACUUUGUCUUCUCUUCAGAUUCACAGGAGACAGAUGAGAACAAAAACCUGGAGCACAUGAGAGACUUGGUACUCACCGCUCUUAACAUCACAAGAGAAUGGAUCAGUCGAUCCUUUCGCGACAGCCUAAUGAACAGAGGAUAUUCGUUUUAUCGUCAAGUGAGUGGGUCAAAAGAGAUCAAAAUGUGGGAUGAAAUUAUCUCAAUCCAGUUCAAAGAUGGUCAUUGCACCACAGCAUGGAGAAAAAGCUUAUUACAAGAUUUUGAAGGAAAAUAUAAGAAAGAACCUCCUUUAGAUCAGAUUGAACACUACUGUGUAAGCUUAAAGGAGUCAUGUUCUUUCCCAUAUCUUGCUUCAGUUAUUGAAAAAUGCGCUGUUGAGGCUGUUACUCUCAUGUGCCAGAACAAAACAGAGGGCAAGUUGUUUGAGAGGAUGACCAUUAACAUGAAAUUGAUCACGACUGUCAUUGAGAAUUCAUGGCCAUCCCAAGAUGAGGAAACAGAAGUGAUCCUUGAACACCUCCUUUCAUGGACUGCUGCCAAACACAUUUUUCAGCGUUAUGUUUCUAAGGAAGGAAUGGAAAGAGAUAUUUCAUCAGAUGCAAAUGCAAAAAUUGUUGCAGCCAUUUCAUUGUUUUCGGACGUCAUCAGAAGUUUUCUCAACGGACACAUUAAGAUUGGCUUACUCAAAAUGAUUCUGAAAUAUGAAUCUACUUUCUUACAGUUGAUUAAGAUUGACUGCUUUAUUGAGGAUAAAUUAUACAGAGAUACAGAAAAAAUGAAAAGGCUCCUGCAGCAGAGACAAUGUGAAGUUGCGGCCAUCUACCGUGAGAAAGACCUGGUGGAUACAUUGGUUCAUCGGAUCCACCAACUUCAGGAAUUUAUGAAAGUGGAUGCUGCUGCCAUGGAGAAAAGGCACCAGAUAAACUUGGAAGAAAUGCACCUAAAUGAGUUCAUUGAAGUUCAUCUCUUUGAUCAAUUUCAUGAGCUUCAUUUGGCUGCGGCUUCAGCAGAGAUCAUUAUGACAGUGAAAAAUACUCUUCACCUCCAAGGAGACUUUAGCGUUCUAUUAUAUCUUCUACAAGUUAAUGAGGAAAAGGAGGGCGUCCGGAUUGAUCAGAUUGAUAAUGAUUUGAUUCAAGCCAAAAAGGAUCUAGUGGAUAUAACCGAAACACGUAAAGACUGUCUGCGUGAGCUGGGACUCAGGGGUAACUUUGUCCGCUGGGUCAAAGAGGCUCUUGAAGAUAUCAACGAGCUGAAGGUGUUUGUUGACCUUGCCUCGAUCUCCGCUGGGGAGAAUGACAUGGACGUGGACCGGGUGGCUUGUUUCCAUGAUGCUGUUCUUGGAUACUCCCCUUUGCUUUAUGAACUGGAGCGGGAUGCAGAUUUUGACAAGUUCAACACAGUGGUCAAGAAGCUUUGGAGGGCUUUAGAAAACGAUUGCCACCUGCCGAAGAAACUGCGAGACAGUGCUCGUCAUCUUGAAUGGCUGAAAACCGUGAAAGACAGCCAUGGCUCAGUGGAGCUAUCAUCUCUUUCUUUAGCGUCAUCUAUUAACCAGAAGGGGAUUUACAUCAUCAGUGCACAACAUGGAAAAAAGUUGUGUCUUGACAAAGCCCUAGAGCUCCGAAUCCCAGAGGAACAUGAUGCUGGUCAACAUACACGAAACUACUCUCUAGAAGAGCUGCGAGAACUGCAGAACAAACUGAUGCUUAUGUCUGGUAAAGGAGAUCAAGGACAGCAUGAAGUGGAUUAUUUCACAGAGGUGUUUGACAAUGUUCAGAGAUUGUCUGAGGCUUUCAUUGCUCUGUACACAGCCGACAUCUUAACAUCUUGUAUCUCCACCUACAUGAGCAGCCCAAAGGAGUCUUUACCAACCCAUGAUGAAGUGCUCCUGUGUACUCCUACUACACCUUAUGAACAAGUAGAGCUCUUUCUCAGGCGUUGUUUCAGUUGCGGAUACAGAGGAUACAAGAUCUACUCGCUGCUGUAUGCAGAUGUGCUGACAUACGAUUUCAAAGUUCACAUGGUUCCCCAGGCUCCACUAGCGAGAGUUCAGGAAUACUUGCAUGAGCACUAUGUUGUCUCUGAAGACCAGUGCAGUGCUGCUGCUGCAUUCAAAGACCGGCUGUGUGUUGGCAUUGUCUCAUCAACAAGAUCUGGUGUAGGUAAAUCGCUUUAUAUCAAGAGGCUGUAUCAGAAACUAAAGCACUCGACCAAGAAGACUACAGCAAUGAAGUGCAUUCGCUUGAUUGAACCUACUGUUGAUGAGGAUGCCGUGUUCCAGUCUCUUCUGAACAACACUGAGACAAAAGCCCUCACAGUGUUUCAUUUGGAUGUCACAGCUUCGGUUCAACAUGGUCUGCAUGAGUUUCUAUUCAAGCUGUUGUUUUUGCGCUAUCUCAUGAACUCUGAGGGGAAGGUGUGGAAGUGCAAUGAGAAGCAGUUGUAUGUAGUUGAGAUUUUGGAGCGACCAAAAACCACAGGACGGAAGGCUGAAAAAUUGUCACUCAUAGACGUGUUGCCAAAAAUUUUCUGCCGGCCUCCAAAGGAGAUACUUGCAAUCCACAUGCGCUUCAGGUGUGGCAUCCCCGUUAUUAUCAUGGGAGAGACCGGUUGUGGCAAAACGAGGCUCAUCAAAUUUCUCUCAAACACCACAGACGCCAUCAGCAGCAUCAAGGAGGUUCUUUGUGACAAGACUGUUCAAGGAGAAGGUCUGGCAUCAGGCUCUGGCCUUCAGAUUGUAGCAGCAUGCAAUCCCUACCGGAAGCACACGGAUGAGAUGAUUGAAAGAUUAGAAUCUGCGGGUCUAGGAUACAGAGUUCGAGCUGAGAAGACCAAUGAAAAACUAGCAGUGAACUUCCCAGAGGAGAGACUGAUCAUCUGGCCAAAGUUUACAAUGAAGAGAAGCACAAUGGCUGUUUAUCAGAGUUUAUCCUUGCCCAAACUGGGAAAGAGCAGCUUGGCAACACCUUCUUCACAGAGGUGA